CAAUCCCUAAACAAAUUCGCGGGAUAUACAAAAGCAUUUUAAAUAUUUUUAAACAUAUUUUAAAACAGUUAAAUAGUUUUAAUAACAUUUUGAUAUGGCUGAAGAGGAAAAAAAGAAGGAAGACGAUUCAAAAAAAGUCAUUCACACCUAUCCACUCGUAAGGCAUUCUGAUAUGCCGGAAGAACAACGUAUUGAAUCAGUGGAAUUGGUUGUUACUGCAUGUGAAAAACAUUCAUCAAAUAAUGAGGCAGCUGCAAAAAUGAUAAAAGAAGAGAUGGAUAAGAAACUCGGUCCUCCAUUUCAUGUGGUUGUUGGGGAAGGUUUUGGGUUUGAAAUAUCUUAUGAAUGUUCCAACUUACUGUAUAUGUUUUUUGCCGGUACUUUAGCCAUUGUUAUAUGGAAGUGCUAGUAUUGAG